AUGAGCGGGUUUAAUUUCGGAGGCACUGGGGCCCCCUCAGGCGGGUUCACGUUUGGCACCGCAAAGACGGCCACCACCACCCCGGCCACUGGGUUUUCUUUCUCUACGUCUAGCACUGGCGGGUUUACUUUUGGGGCUCCCUCCCAGCCCGCUGCGAGCACCCCUUCUACCAGCCUGUUCUCUCUCUCUACCCAAACGCCAGCAACGCAGACCUCAGGAUUCAGUUUUGGAACCACGACGCCUGCCACCGGAGGCACUGGCUUUUCCUUGGGGAUCAGCACCCCAAAGCUGAGCUUGGGCAAUGCGGCUGCCACCCCAGCCGCCGCUCAACCCGCUGGCUUCAGCCUCGGCGGCAGCACCCUCACCAACGCCAUCUCCAGCGCCGUCACCUCCAGCCAGGCCACAGCGCCCACCGGCUUUGUGUUCGGCUCCACCGCCGCCUCUUCCGCUCCGUCCACCACACCCGGGGGCUUCUCCUUCACAGGUGGAAGCGCGUCCCAGACGGGGGGGACCUCCAGUUUCAGCAUCGGCUCCAUGGGGAGUUCGGCGCAGCCCACCACACUCGCUGGGUUGGCCUUCACUCCAGCCACACCAGCAGCCACCGGAGCAGGAACCACACAGCCAGCUGCUCCCGCACCUGCUGCUGCCACCACCAGUGCUGGACCCACACUCUUCGCUUCGCUGGCUACUGCUCCCGCCUCGUCUGCUGCCACCGGGCUGUCCCUUGGUGCCCCAGCAACCACAGCCGGGACUUCUGGGUCUGGAAUGCUGGGCUUCAGCCUAAAGGUUCCUGGAGCAGCUUCUACCGCACCCACAGCGACGUCCACCGCCACCACCACCACCAGCACCAGCAGCUUCUCCCUGAAUCUCAAACCCCUGGCACCAGCCGGGAUCCCCAGCAGUGCGCCCACUGCCAUAACCGCUCCGUCUGGCCCCAGUGCAGCCACCGGGGUGUCAACCAGCCCUGUGAUGACCUAUGCCCAGCUGGAGAGCCUGAUCAACAAGUGGAGCCUGGAGCUGGAGGACCAGGAGCGGCACUUCCUGCAGCAGGCCACGCAGGUCAACGCCUGGGACCGCACGCUGAUCGAGAACGGGGAGAAGAUCACCGCCCUCCACCGCGAGGUGGAGAAGGUGAAGCUGGACCAGAAGAGGCUGGACCAAGAGCUCGACUUCAUCCUGUCUCAGCAGAAGGAGCUGGAGGACCUGCUGAGCCCCCUGGAGGAGUCCGUCAAGGAGCAGAGCGGGACCGUCUACCUGCAGCACGCCGACGAGGAGCGCGAGAAGACCUACAAGCUGGCCGAGAACAUCGACGCCCAGCUGAAGCGCAUGGCUCAGGACCUCAAGGACAUCAUCGAGCACCUCAACACGUCCGGGGGCCCCGCCGACACCAGCGACCCGCUGCAGCAGAUCUGCAAGAUCCUCAACGCGCACAUGGACUCCCUGCAGUGGAUCGACCAGAACUCGGCCCUGCUGCAGAGGAAGGUGGAGGAGGUGACCAAGGUGUGCGAGGGGCGGCGCAAGGAGCAGGAGCGCAGCUUCCGGAUCACGUUCGACUGA